UACCGAUUAACAUUUUCGACCUUCAAAACUGUUUGGAUAUUUUGUCGGAGUUGUUAAUCAAUUGUUUCACCGUGAUUCUCUGCUGACACGCCCUCGAAUACGAAAAGGCACUCUAGUUUAUGAUUGGUGGACACUUGUGCGCUGACAAAACCGGAAAAUUUUUCAAGAGGAGAUAAACUGGUCGAAUAACCUUCGUACGCUUUCGAUCGUCCGCAUUUGAAAUCGUCUUCGACAAGGUUAAAAAUGGCUUACGCGGGAUACGGCGCCGCCCCGGGAGGAAUGCAGCAGCAGGAUCCUCUCUAUGGAUACUUUGUGGCUGUCGCAGGGCAGGACGGCCAGAUCUCCUCUGAUGAGCUGCAACGAUGCCUCACUCAGUCCGGCAUCUCUGGCACUUAUCAACCCUUCAACAUAGACACCUGCAGACUGAUGAUCAACAUGCUGGACCGAGACAUGUCAGGCACCAUGGGCUUCACUGAGUUCAAAGACCUGUGGCAGGCGCUCAAUGCCUGGAAGAACAUUUUCAUGUCCUUUGAUCGCGACCGCAGUGGUACGGUGGAGGCUCAGGAGAUGCAACAGGCCAUUAAAUCUCUGGGUUACAAUCUGAGCCCCAACGCUCUGAACAUGAUAAUGAAGCGCUACAGUGUCAACGGAAGAAUCCCCUUUGAUGAUUUUGUGAGCUGUUGCGUUCGACUCCGCGGGUUGACUGAUCAUUUCCAACGCCGUGACACAUCUCGAAAUGGCACCGCCAACUUCCAUUAUGACGAUUUUAUCCAGGUGACCAUGAGCAUGUGAGGAAGGACUCACGGAGGGGAUGCCUUUUUAUAUCUCUUUUUUUUUUUAUUCCGAUGUAUUUUGUUUAAACAGUGGAACCUUCAAAUUCUGUAAUUCUGCCAGCACCAAAAAUAUGGCCAAAAAGUCAUUGUCCAAGCUGCAAUGCGGUUCUCUAUCAAUACCUGCGUAAACAAAUUAAUUUUACCAAGCAGAUGCUACGCUUUUGCAAAGCCUAAAUUUGUUCACCGCCAAAGUACAGAG